UACAUUUUGCAUUCACAUUAUUCAUUUAGUAAGCAUCGAGUGGUAGUUGCGCAUGAAAAUGAGUGCCCCCAUUGUAAUCUGCCUCAUCUUUAUUCUAAACGGGGCAAUCGCGCAAAGAGAGUUUCCAGGAAACUUCAAGUUUGGAACAGCUGGUGCUUCCUACCAGAUCGAAGGCGGAUAUAAUGAAGAUGGUCGGGGACCCAGCAUGUGGGACACUUUCUCUCAUAUCCCAGGAAAUAUAAAGAACGACUCCAACGGAGACAUUGCCUCUGACUCUUAUCACAAGUACAAGGAGGAUGUGGCUAUUUUGAAAAACCUGGGUGUGCAAUUCUAUCGAUUUUCAGUUUCUUGGUCGAGAAUAUUUACCAAUGGUACUCCAAAUACAUACAAUCAAGCAGGAGUUGAUUAUUACCUCAAUCUGAUAAAGGAAUUGCACGCUAACGAUAUAGAGCCCAUAGUAACUCUCUACCACUGGGACUUGCCCCAGCACCUGGAAGAUCUAGGUGGGUGGCUCAACCCCCAGAUAGCCGAUUAUUUUGGCGAUUAUGCCAGAGUUGUCUACAAGAAUCUUGGGCCUUUUGUCAAGUACUGGGUCACCCUUAACGAACCAAGCACAACAUGUACUCUGGGGUAUGGAAAGGGAACUCACGCUCCUGGGAAAACCUUGAUUGGCGAUGGCGUUUAUACCUGCGCCUAUAAUCAUCUUAAAGCCCAUGCCAAAGCUUACAGAAUCUACGAGGAGGAAUUUAAGGCUGAGCAAAAAGGAAAAGUAACCAUCAACAUUUCACUCUCACAUUAUUAUCCCAAAAAUAGCACGAACCCUCUGGAUUUGGAAGCUGUGGAAAGAAGCUUCGAGUUUAACGCUGGCUUAUAUGCCAAUGCUGUAUUUAAAGGCAACUGGCCACAACUCGUGAUUGAUCGAGUGGCCUACCGGAGCAGACUGGAAGGUUACUCGUUCUCCCGACUACCGGAAUUUACCCAAGAGGAAAUCGCCUACAUUAAUGGGACAUAUGAUUUUUUUGCCUUGAACAUAUAUACCAGCUCGAUUGUUGAGUACACAGACGAGCCAGCCAUUAACAGCCCCUCCAUCUGGUUAGAUCAAGGAAUUGUGACUUCUGGGGAUCCCUCAUGGCCAACCAGCGCUUCAUCAUGGUUAACUUCCGAUCCACCAGGAGUUCGACACCUACUCAACUAUCUGGACAAGAAAUACAAUCCAGGAGAGUUCAUUAUCACGGAAAAUGGAUGGUCUACACUUCCGGGUGAGUUGGACGAUCAAUCCAGAAUCGAAUAUCUCAGCGGCUAUUUGAGCAACAUCCUAGAAGCCAUCCUGGAUGAUGGAAUUAACGUGACCGGAUACACAUUGUGGAGUUUGUUAGAUAACUUUGAAUGGGCGGAAGGAUACACGCAAAGAUUUGGAAUUGUCCAAGUAAACUUUGAAAGUCCUGAGAGGACCAGGACAUACAAGGCUUCAGCCGAAUGGUACAAACGCGUGGUAGCUGCCAGAGCCAUUGUUGAUUAAAUAGUGAAACAAAUAUAUGGGUUCCGAAUAAA